AUGCCGACAGCUUCAACAGCUCAAAUUCUCGGAAACAACGAAUCAAUUGAACCAUAUACCAGCAAUUUAUACGUUCGACGUGUACUUUCUGGCGAAUUUCAAGUUGUUAACGAUCAUUUAUUAAAAGAUUUAACAGAAUUAGGUUUAUGGAAUCCAGAUAUGAAAAAUCGCUUGAUGUAUGAAAAUGGUUCAGUUCAGAAUAUCGAAACUAUUCCUGAUCAUAUCAAAGCAUUAUACAAAACCGUAUGGGAAAUUCCACAAAAAAUCGUUAUCAACAUGGCCGCUGAUCGUGGUGCUUUUAUUGAUCAAUCACAAUCAUUGAACAUUCAUAUUGC